CCAAGGCCUGGUGCCUUAAGGCAACUAGUUAGUUGGUUUGUUGUGAUUUCUGGAUUGUGUCCCCAAGGGCCUGAACUCUUCAGGGGUUUUCCCGCAGUGGGAACUGGUGAACCGCCACCGUAAAGACGGCCUUGGAUUGAUUGAGUCACCAAGUGAAAAGUACCCUUUGAUACCGUCGCCUCCAUGUGACUUCACAUUCCGACUGCCCCCCCCCCCCACACACACACACACUAAAGGCGACCUCCUCUGAUAAAGAGGGAAUCUGAGCUCUUCACCAGGUGCUUUCUGACCUUGGACCAACAUGUCCAGGUGGACACGACAUCUCUGAGUGGACGAAGGGAUCCUUCAGCCAUCCGGAGGGCAACCACCCGAGAGCACCCACCGAGACUCUGGAGGACCUGCACUUGGACUUGGAAAUCAGAAGGCUGCACCACAGCAGACAGCAGACACCUGAGCAAAGGCAAUGCACGUCGUCCCUGUGGGUGGCAACCUCGCCGGCAGCGUGAAACGAUGAGCCCCGAACACCCCCGGAAAGGACAAAAGAGGAAACGCCAGGAAGAGUGGGGAACCCUUGUACAGACUCAAGAGCCAGCUGAGCCUAGGAGGAGGGUGAAACAGGAACAGGGUGAAAUUGAGCUUGAGUGUGAAGAACCCGGCAAGGGUCAGAUACGGAAACCCCAGGAAGAGGAUCCAUCACAGCUAAAGCCCGGAGAGUGCACUAAAGGCUCUCAGGAAGAGGCCCUGACUGAGGUGAAGUCUGUGGAUGGUGGGAAGGGUCGCAAACAUUCCUGCUGCAACACAGAGGAAGGUGUUCAGGAACAUGACAACGAAAAGUACCGAAGGCUGCUGGAAAAGUACCGGGUUGUUGCUCAACCCGGUGAUCAUGUGAGCUCUGACCCUCACAGUGCUCACACAAGCCCUGUGGACACCUCGAAGAAGAUCAAAGGCCGUGUGGAGGGACAGAUUCACAGAUCGGAACCAACUCACUCUGAGCCAGAGCAAUCUGCCUGUGCUGUCACGAGAGAAGGUCAGUCACCAGUGAAGAGUGAGAAGAGGUCUUCAGAGGAGAAAAUUUCCAAUGCAGAGGAGAUUGUUGCAACAAACCUCAACAAUGACAGCAGAGGACACCACCCCCAGCCCGACUUUCUGGGAGGAGCCCAGGUCCAAAUCGGCCCAGACAGUGUCAGCAACCACAUUCUCAACAACAAAAUACCUAAGGCCAAGGAAAAGGCUCUUGCAGAUCAAGAGAAGGGCAGAGGACUGGACCAUGGCCCCGAUGUCACAGCAGACAUGGAAAAGGAAAUUAGGAGUGCAUUAGGUCCAGGGCCAGAAGAUGAGAUCUUGAGUUGUGCCUUCAAACUUCGAAUUACACGAGGAGACAUCCAGACACUAAAGGAGACCCAGUGGCUCAACGAUGAAGUCAUCAAUUUUUACAUGAAUCUUCUCAUGGAGAGAAACCAAAAUCAGGGAUACCCAUCAGUUCACGCAUUCAGUUGUAGCAGGAAUCUUAAAAGUUCUCUUUAAUAAAAUCAAACCUGAGACGAGUUAUUGGGGUC